UUGAUUGUUGAACAUAAGGCGGAAAAUACAAAUCUGUAGUGUACUAGAACCUUCUGCACUACCACCAUAAGACAGACUAGUAGAUCCAAGAAAAAAAAGUGUGUAAUCGUAAUGGGGGAAAAACCGGUGAUGGUGGUGGGGCUGGAUGACAGCGAACACAGUUUUUAUGCAUUAGAGUGGACUUUGGAACACUUGUUUGGAUCUUCACCUCCUCCUUUCAAACUCCUCAUCGUUCACGCCAAACCUACUGCUACUUCCGCCAUCGGCCUCGCUGGUCCUGGGGGUGCCGAUGUUUUGCCCUAUGUCGAGGCUGAUUUGAGGAAGAUCUCUUCAAGGAUUGCCGAAAAAGCUAAGAAGAUUUGUUCUGCUAAAUCGGUAAACGAUGUUGUAGUUGAGAUUGUGGAAGGUGAUGCUAGGAGUGUCUUGUGUGAUGCUGUAGAGAAGCAUCAUGCCUCUAUGUUAGUUGUUGGUAGUCAUGGUUAUGGAGUUCUGAAGAGGACUGUUUUGGGCAGUGUAAGUGACUACUGUGCUCACCACGCCCACUGCAGUGUGAUGAUUGUGAAGCGCCCAAAGAUCAAGGCUUGAGAUUCUUCUUGUCUGAACAAGUUGUAGAGUUUAUUACUACUUUGUUAUCUAUUGCUCCUAGUGGGGAACCAUUUGGUUGAUGGUGUGUAUUUAUCCUAUAUCUUCCAAUGUAAAAGUUCUGCUGUGUAAACAUUAUUGUGGAUAAAUUUCAGAGUGUGUAUAAUAAUAAAUCAUGAUUGAUAA